UGGCCAUCGAUCCAACCCAAAGUUUGAAGCGAAGGUAUAAAUACAGCGAGGAAACGCGCGCAGCUGCCGAGUUUGUUUUUUGGCCACACAGGCGCUUCUAGUUGAAGAUAAAGAAACUCCUCUCUCUUCCUUUCUCUAACAUUGCAGAAAAUGCUUCUGAUUAAACCCUAAUUCUCUGUCUUAGAGUCUUUCAGGGCACAAUCUUUGACCAGAAGCUCUCAUUAUACGAUGGCCAUCUCUCCAUUCAAGCUCGCCAUUUCUUUUGGCAAUUGGGAUUGUAAUCACAGUGUCAGUGGUACAAGAGUCUUAUAUCUUUGUCGUAACCCAUUUGAUAUGAGGAAUCCAUGGAUUUAUGGCUUUAGAGGCUCGAGAUCACUGAGUCUUCAAAGAAGGGCUGGUGUCUUUUGUGAAGCCGUAUCUGAAUCGAAAGCCAAUGGUACUGCAGAUUCAAGCAAUGACUCGGUUGAAGCUCGCAUUUCAAUGGUAUGUAUGCAGGGAGCUCCAUCAUCACUCCCACGACGGUUGUUUGUGACAUCUACUUGUACAACUAUAGCUUUAUACAGUUUUGGUACCAGUUCCAGUUCAGCUGAAGAGAAGCCUUUGGAAGUAAUGGGAGGUCCCACCGAAACUGCAAAACCUGUGUGCCGGAAUUGCAUGGGUAGUGGUGUUGUCCUUUGUGAUAUGUGCGGUGGGACAGGGAAGUGGAAGGCACUAAAUAGGAAACGCGCAAAGGAUGUGUACGAGUUCACUGAAUGCCCAAAUUGUUAUGGACGUGGCAAACUUGUUUGUCCAGUCUGUCUUGGGACUGGACUGCCCAACAACAAGGGGCUUCUCCGGAGGCCUGAUGCUCGCAAGUUAUUGGAUAAGAUGUACAAUGGAAGACUUCUACCAAGCUCUUAACACACACACACUCACUCUCUCUCUCUCUCUGAGGUAGAGAGAAGGAGCAACCCCUGCCAAAUUAUUGUCAUAUUUGAUUAGGUUGCUGGAAUUUCGAAUGUGUACAUGUAUCAUGAAAGCUGGUGUAAUAAGCUCUUAUCUAAGAAUCUCAAAGUUGUAUAUUAGUGGUGCAGCGGAAAAAGCACUUCCACAACUCCAGUUUCCUGGACCCAGUUAAAGGCUCAUCAGUAACAUGGGCUUUGGGUUGGGGUUGGCGUUGAAGGUGAUUCACUUGGCCCCUUAUUCCGGAUUUGGUUUGGGCCUGAGAGUAAUGGCAAUCAGCAUUUUGUACCUGUUUAGGACAAGUCUCUUCCUUAGUUGAAUGUUCUGGUUAACAUUUGCAGAACUAUUAAAAUUUUAUUCUGCUUAGUCUUUAUGCA